GAACGACGAUGCUUCCGCCCCGCCAAAAAAGUAACAACCUGGGCUGGCGAAAACCCUAACAUUUUGAAAGCCGCUGACCUUUCCUCUGUCCCUGCUUGAGAGUGCACAUGCCAGUGUCUAACCAGAAUGGGAUCCGAAAAGCGCUUCUUGGAGAAGCUGAAUAAGAAGAAGAAGAAGAGUAAGAAGAAGAGUGAUGGUAGUUCGAAUUCAGUUCCCUCACCUGGGGUGCCAGAAAAUCGUGGUGGAGGAAAAAACAUCCUCGGCGGCAAGGUCGUAUCCGACCCUCGGUUUUCAUCUCUGCACACCGACCCUCGGUUCCGGGAGCCUCCGAAGCGCAAAACAAAGGUGGCGAUCGACUCGCGAUUUGAUCGCAUUUUCACUGAUAAGAGCUUUUUACCGUCUUCUGCUCCGGUGGACAAGAGAGGGAAGGUCAGGCAGACAAAUUUGCGGCAGGGUUCUCUUCGCCAUUAUUAUAAAAUGGAUGAAGAAGGAAAACGAGAAGAUGAAGAGGAUGUAGAGGAGGGAAGCGACGAAGACGACAAAGGGGACGAAAGAGGACAGAGGUUGGUUGAAUCCGAUGGGGGAACACCGGUGGAAGAGUCACUUUCCGAAGACGAGGACAAUGCCUAUGAAUUGGCAUCCUCUACGGAUACAGAUGGAGAUGAAAGUGCUGAUGAGGAACUUUACAAUGGAGAAUUGUCUGAGAUGCAGGAGGAGGUGCCAGAAAUUGACAAAGAAACUCAUAGGCUUGCUGUUGUUAAUAUGGACUGGAGAUAUGUGAAGGCUGUCGACUUGUAUGUGUUAUUGAGUUCAUUUGUUCCGCCAAAUGGACAAAUAAAAUCUGUAGCUGUCUACCCAUCUGAAUUUGGCCUUCAACGCAUGAAAGAAGAGGAAGUUCAUGGUCCUAUUGGCCUCUUCGAAGAUGAAGCCACUCAAAAUGACCAAGAUAGCAGCGACAGUGAAAUUGAAAAUGAGAAAUUGCGUGCGUACGAGAAAAGCAGGAUGAGGUACUAUUAUGCUGUGGUGGAAUGUGACUCAAGUACGACGGCGGACCACAUUUACAAAGAAUGUGAUGGGCUGGAGUUUUUACAAUCUUCAAAUGCACUCGAUUUAAGGUUUAUUCCUGAUUCCAUGGAAAUCAAAAACCCACCUCGUGAUGUUGCUACUGAGGCUCCGGCAAACUAUGAGGGUAAAGAUUUCUACACACGAGCACUCCAGCACAGUAAAGUGCAUCUUUCUUGGGAUGAGGAUGAACCUCUUCGUGCAAAGACCUUGAGACGGAAAUUCAAUGAUGACCAGCUAGCUGAGUUGGAAUUGACAGAAUUCUUGGCAUCUGAUGUGAGUGAAAGCGAUGACGAUGAUGAGGAGACGGAGGAUAACAAUGAGACAGAGAAUCAUUCUGAUAAAAAGACAAGGAAACUAGAAAAAUAUCGUGCUUUACUGGAGUCUGGUGAUGGUUCAGAUGGAGAUGGUGAAGAAGAUGGUCAAGAUAUGGAGGUAACCUUCAAUACUGGUUUGGAAGACCUUAGUAAACAUAUACUGGAAAAGAAAGAUAAAAAAUCAGAAUCAGUUUGGGAAGCAUACCUGAGGAAAAGACGUGAGAAAAAGAGGGCUAGAAAAAGUAAAUCAAAGCAUUCAUCAUCUGAUGAUGAUAUUAGUGACACUGAUCAAGAUGCAACUGAGCAACCUGAUGAUUUCUUCAUGGGGGAGCCUCCCAUCAAGAAGAGAAAGGAGGAAAAAGGUAAAAAAGAACAGAAGCACCAGGUCGUAGAUGGGGCAGAUAAAGCAACCAAAGAAGAGCUUGAGUUAUUACUUGCUGAUGACCAAGGGGCAAAUAAUGGUCUCAGGGGAUAUAAUUUAAAGCUUAAGAAGGCCAAGGGCAAAAGGGCUAAGGAAACUGUGGAUGAGGCAAAAAUACCCAGUUCUGACCUUGAUGAUCCACGUUUUGCAGCUCUUCUCACUUCACGGGAUUAUGCAUUGGAUCCCACUGACCCACAAUUUAAAAGGAGUGCAGCUUAUGCCCGGCAGAGAGCUCAUAAACUUCAGAAGGGAGAUAUUGACAUUUUGGCGGAAGAGGAGCAGUUGAAACUUUGUAAAGGAAUUGAGUUCUCAUCUAAUGAUGCUGGCGUAAAGAAGGGGGAGGAAGAAGGAUCGGAUGUUCUGGAGCCAAAGAAGGAGAAACAUGAUUUAUCAUCAUUGGUCAAAUCGAUUAAGAUGAAGUCAAAGCAAGUACAGUUACCCUCAUAUGAUAAGACAAAGAGAGAUGGCAAAUUACAAUCUGGAGGUAUGAAGAAAAGGAAGCACUAGAAUUCCUAUCACUGGUUCAAUGAACUGAUGCGAAUGAUCCAUAUUUAACAUGGAAACGCGUGUUGAACAUGGAGUGUCCUUUUGUCAAGGGUGUACUUGAGAAUGUCACCGGUUCGUAAGGCACGUCUCACAUGAUUUUGAAUCCACAUUUUAUGAUGCAAACAGUUACAUAGGCAUUUCAUCAGCCCAUUUAAAUUGUUUCAUAUAGAUUCAUUGAGGUUAUGAAAUAUGCAUCCGCUUUUAAUGUUCUCGUGAAUUCUGAUAAUCAAUUUAUAGGGACAUAUUCUUUGUCUCUGGGGUUCCGUUA